AUGUCUGUCGGCGCAGACGGUGCCACAUUGGCGCCCACACGGUCGCGGUUCCGGAGGGACCUGUCGCCAGACGGCACGCCGUGCGGCCUCGCGGCGACGCCGGACUCGGUCCCGCUAGUGGUGUACGGCAGGGAGGCGCCCUACGGCCAUCCACCCUGGCAGGUCGCGCUCUACCUGCUGCACGAUGGCAUCUGGACCUUCUGGUGCGGCGGCAGCCUCAUCUCCAGCCAGGUCGUGCUCACAGGUGCUCACCACACGGUGCGGGAUCUGAUUUUGCCGCCGACGUACCAGGACCAGGAGGGACACUACGCGUCUGACCUGGCGCUCGUGGUGCUGGCCGCGCCCGCCAACUUGUCGGUGGCCGUGCAGCCCGUCUGCAUAGACUGGGAGCUGCGCCACAUGGACCGCCAACUCGCCCCGGGCAGCAUCGGACAGGCAGCUGGGUGGGGUAUGAACGAGUACGACGAUUUCGCUGACACGCUGCACGUCAUCGACAUGCCAGUCAUCGACGACAGACGCUGCAUCGAGGAACAAGAGCGAGACUUCAGAAAGUACGUGCGUUAUACCACGUUCUGCGCCGGUUACCGUAAUGGCAGUGGCGUCUGCAACGGCGACAGCGGGGGCGGGCUGGUGUUCCAGACGGACGAGGGCGCCUGGUACCUGCAAGGCGUCGUCAGCAUCAGCCCGCGGCGGCGCGGCACCUCGCUCUGCGACCCGCACUUCUACACCAUCUUCACCAAGGUUGGCAUCCAUUUGCGAUGGCUGUACAACGUGAUGAAUACAAUUUAACUCUCCAGCAGACACGAGGAUAGCCUUGCCAUCCUUGCAGAUAUUACAACCGUG